AUGCAUCACUCCGGUGGAGGUGCUGGUUACGGGACCGGGCCCCAGGAGCGUGUGCACCAGGUGCCGCGAACCGGCGGACAACCUGAUAAGUGUCCGUAUGAGACCUACCAGGCACAGAUACCGGACUGCUGUGCAGCCGCAGCUGCGGUCCAGGAUCCGUACCCACGGCCCCCGAGCGGAUACGACGGCAGGUGCUACGACGAGUGUCAUCGCAGGACUCCCUAUCAGGAUGAAACCUAUUCCCAGGAUAUACCUCCGACCUUCCAUCGGCCCCAGUCCAGACUGGGAUACGAGGAGCGUCCCCAAUCUCGCGUGGGAUAUACCUCGGAUUCCAGGUGCGCCAGCGGACUUGGCUACGACGACACGGGAGGAAGUUACCUGGACCAGAAUGAUCCGAGGAUGUAUUGCACCAGCGGUUACUGUAUGGGGGAAACUAUGAUGGCUGCGAACAGAGGUCUCUGCGGUGAGGAGGUCGAGCUGGACAUGCGGAGGCACAUCCAGGCGUGUGCCUGCACCUGCAACCACAUGGGCUACGGGAACUACAUGGACUAUCAGACGACGUGCCUAACAGAACUGCCAGACGUGGCACCGUGCAACGGCACAGUGCGACUACCACCGACGUGCGAGGAUUCCCCGAGCAGCGGCAGCAGCAAAGAUCGUAGGGAAGAGAGUCCUCGCAGAAGAUGCCGAGUAUUAGCGCCCAUCUUGCUCCUAGUGGGGGCUCUGCUUCUCGGUGGACUUUGUCUACCGUUGCUUCUACAAUCCGCGCCUGUCACGCAUCAGCAGAGGCUGGACGUGAUCAGGAGGAUCCUCACUGAAGUGCCUCUGAUCGACGGGCACAACGAUUUGCCCUGGAACGUCAGAAAGUUCGUACACAAUCAACUCGGCGAGGUCAAUCUGAGCAGCGAUCUCGGCAGAGUUGAUCCUUGGGCUAGAUCAGACUGGAGUCACACAGACAUUCCUAGAUUACGUGCUGGUCUCGUCGGUGCACAGUUUUGGUCUGCCUACGUUCCAUGCGGUGCAGCACAGUUGAAUGCGGUUCAACUUUCCUUGGAACAGAUCGACGUAAUCCGCCGGCUCGCCGAGAUGAAUGCUCAACAUUUAACUUUGGUUACCUCCGUCAAAGGUCUUAUCGAGGCGCAUCGAGAAGGCAAAAUCGCAAGUCUUAUCGGGGUCGAAGGUGGUCACUCGCUGGGGAAUUCCUUGGGCGUUCUCAGGACAUUUUAUGGCUUGGGCGCGAGAUACCUUACCUUGACGCAUGCCUGCGAUACUUCCUGGGCAGUCUGUUCAGUUGGCGAGACGAACAGUACCCAGGACUCGACGCCGGGACUCAGUGAGUUUGGAAAGGCAGUUGUCAGGGAACUAAACCGACUGGGAAUGCUAGUGGAUCUCUCUCAUGUCUCAACAAGGACCAUGAGGGCGGCCCUGCAGACGACGAGGGCACCGGUGAUUUUCUCUCACAGUGCUGCCAGGGCACUCUGCAAUUCCACUAGAAACGUGCCAGACGACGUGCUUAGAAAUCUGGCUAAAAACGGCGGAGUGGCAAUGGUUCCGUUUUAUACAUACUUCAUAACGUGCAACAGUACAGCCACCAUAAAAGACGUUAUUGCACACAUCAAUCACAUUCGAAAGGUGGCGGGGAUCGAUCACGUUGGAAUAGGAGCUGGCUUCGACGGGAUAAAUUUCACUCCUACAGGCUUGGAGGAUGUUUCGAGGUAUCCUCAAUUGUUGGCCACACUACUCGAGGAUCCAGCAUGGACGGAGGAUGACAUUAAAAAAUUGGCAGGCCUCAAUUUACUGAGGGUAUUCACUAAAGUCGAGCAGGUGCGAGACGAAUGGCACAGAGCGGCAGUCUUGCCAGUGGAGAAAAUCAGUCCGCCAGAUAAUUCUGCCUGCGUCUACGGGGCGUCUUGA